AUGAAAGACCAUAUCGUCUACGGUAACGUGCACUGUAUUGCCGACAAAGAGACGGAUCUCUACACACAGCUCACCAACGCUUCUCAGGCAGCUACUCCGUGGGCACAUAUGGCCUACUACGGGAAGUACGUCUCGUACUUUCUAGCAGGCUGUGUGUUUCUUGCAACCAUGAAACAUUUCCUAUUUACCAACUACAGUGUCGACCGCAAACACGGCGGCUCGGCCUCCAUCUGGGAAAAAGCAGUUGGAUGGAGCAGAUUCGUUGUCUACCGUCAAAUUCCAACUAACAUCUGUCGCUAUUUGGGACUACCUUCUUCUGUUGGAAGCUUGUUAAUAGUGGCAGCAGUUAGUCUAUACUCGAUGCUGUUUUGUUUCGUUCCCCAUCCAUUGUAUAGGGCGUGUCUUGGGUUUGGAUCUCCACCAAUGGCUGUGCGUGCCGGCCUCAUCUCCAUGGCGUUCACCCCGUACAUUUUCAUAAUGUCGGGGAAAACCAACCUUAUUGGAUUUCUCACCGGAAUCUCUUACGAGAAACUAAACAAGUACCACCAACUUUCGUCUGUUCUGUGUCUUUUCUUUGCCUGGGUCCAUACCUUGCCCUACUACAUCCAGUCCUACAGAGAAGGCGGAACUCAUGGUGUGCGUUUGGAAAUGAACUCCCACCUGAUCUACUACACCGGUAUUCCUCCAAUUGUCCUGCUCACUCUCCUAUGGAUGUGUUCCUGGCAGUUUAUGCGCGACCGUUGGUACCAGUUUUUCAUCUCUUUCCAUUGGCUGCUGGCUGUCUGUUUCUACAUCAGCCUGUUCUACCACGUUUACAACGAGUUGCAAGGACACUGGUACUUGGUGGCUACCAUUAUUGUCUGGGGAGGGCAGCUGCUCUACCGGUGGUUCGUGAAAGGUUACCUGCGUCCAGGACGAGUCAUGAAACAGGUUCCUGCAGAAUUGGUUACACAUGAGCUUCUGGGCCGCAAAAGUGUCCAGUUGCAGGUGGAUCUCCCGCUGGAGUGUGCUCCAGGGCAGCACAUUUUUCUGCGGACACUCGACCAAACAUUCAUGCAGUCACAUCCGUUUUCUGUGAUCCCCAACAAACAUGGCUUCAAGCUGAUUGUCCGUGUGUACAACGGGUUCACCAAACACCUGUUUGAAAAGGCAUCUUCUUCCAAACAAAUCCUCGUUCUUGUCGACGGUCCGUACGGAGGUCUGGCACGUGACCCGGCUAGUUUCUCCAACAUAUACCUGGUUUGUUCCGGCUCGGGGAUCACUACCUGUAUGCCGUUCAUCAUGAGGUAUUUGCGGCACCUGGACAAUCCGUCUGCCACGGUUUCGCAGAUCCGGCUCGACUGGAUAGUGAAGCAGGUUGAGGACGUGUUUUGGGUGGAAGCCGAGCUGAACCAGAUCUAUCUGUCGGAAAAGAAACCGAGCGGUCUUGAGAUCAACGUGUACUGUGCUAAUCCGUCUGAAAUUAAGCCCCUUCUUGGGCCCCGGUACCAUUUCUUCAAGCCGUGUCCAGACGAGAUUUUAAAGAGUUACACUUUGGGAAGCACCAAUUGCAUUGUCUGUUCGGGUUCCGAGACCUUGAAAAAACAGGUUGCCAACGGUUCCGCGGCUUUACAGUCCAAUAUAGGCAAAGUGCGCGAGAUCUACUUGCACACCGAGGAAUUCGGCCUGUGA